CCUGCUGACGCUGAGUGCCUGCGCCUCGAUGGAAGAGCGAUCGAGGAGUGUUAUCGUGGCAGAGUGUGGAGCUGGAGCAGGUGGAAGGUCAGUAACAGGUCCAGGCGAAGCAUCUUCCUCAACACCACCAACAAGUAAGCCUCUCCACCUGCUCUACUGCGUUCCGACGGCAACUGCGACACCGACAGUAGCUUGGGAGGAAAAGGCGAACGAGCUUGAUGGAAUAGGAUCUAUGACGAAAACGCACGACUUGUUGGCGGUGUCUUCCGAAAAUCGUAACGAAUCUCGAGAGAACGAUGCUGACGUCUCUCGCGAAAAAGAUGAGGC